AUGGGCGGGGAACUGCCAUUUGGGAUGGAUAUUGAGUUGACGAGGAUGUUACUAAUAUUUAAUAUCCAUUUUCUCUUCCAUUGCGAUGGAGGAACUGUCCGGGAGAAUUUGGGAACAGGUCCACGGGCCGAUCAGUUGCAGACGGUGGAUGAAUGCAACACCAUGAAUGCAUCGUCAUUUUACUUCUUGAACUACGGUGGAGCUUUCAAUCUGCUCAGCCUCCCCCAGCAGCUUCCUGAGUCACGCCUAACUUUUAAAUAUCAAACCUCGUUCGCACUGUUUUCGCCUUUUAUUCAUUUUGUAUCGACACAACUAGCUUUGUCUUGGCAUUCUCCUUACGUGUACCCAGAGGUAUUUUGGUUCAAAUCUACCCCAUGUAUAAUCCAUAAUCCAGAGCCCAGCACACCCCCGAGUCCCACUGGCAUUGCCGAGCUCCGCGAAGAAUUUAGCAACCUCCUCGAGCUCGACAGAUUCAAGCCACGGCGAGCUCCUAAAUCCAAUCCAAUCAUAUCCGCAACAAUGGCAGGCGCAAAUCCUGGAGACCGAACAGUUCGCCCACGCUCAUGGAAAGCAUCCUUCCGAUUCCUAGAUCUACCAACCGAACUCCAAGACCUCAUCCUCAUGCUCGCCGUCUACGAACCCAAAGGCGUCAUCUACUGUCGACGCAAAGCGCACUCCCAGGAUUACUGGGGAAAGCCCAAGGAGGACUACAUAGACAUCUCUCUCUUCCUCGUCUCGCGCCGCAUAUACGCAGAAGCCCUCCGUGCCUUCUGUUGUCACAACCGCAUCUCCAUCACCUACAAAACCUCACUCACAAACACUCUCCGCUUGUUCCCCGACGCAGCGGGGAAACUUGUGCACCGGAUCCGCCUGACGUACGAUUCCGUGGGAUAUAUGUAUGGCUGGAACACGGAAACUGCGAUGGGGGCAUGGACGAAAAUGAUCAACGAUGCGCGAGAGGCGAAGGAGCAUUUUCCACUGCUAAAGGAGUGCAUGGCAUCGUGGUUUAUGAACGACAUUGGCUGGGAGGGUCAAGGCGUGCAGAUCAAUGACGGGUCAGUGCCGGUUGAAACUAAGAUCCUGCAGUUUGUGGGGUGGAUGCGGAGGAGUGCAGAUAUCAUGCCAUCCACCCCUCCGCCGCCGAGGUGGUUGACAGUCCAGUUCAGAACGCGUUUUGGCCCGCAGGUCCUAGCAUCGCGUGCGUUGACGACUAUGGAGUAUUUGUUUGGGGAGGCAUUGGAGAGGUAUAAGAAGGAGGUGAAGGAGCCUGAGAAUGUUGGAGAGCGGGAGCUGGAGGAGUCGGGCAGGAAGUGGUUGGAGGAGGAGUGGGCUGUUGAGGAGAAGAGAGCUAGAUUAGUUGUUGGGAUACCAGAGCAGGCGCUCCCGAAACUACAUAUGUCUCGCUUGUCCCAGGAUGCACUCUUAAGUCUCAAAAUCUCAUUCACUGAACCUCAUGAUCAAUUUCUAUGGGUAUCUACCUACACCCUCCUUUCUGAUGAGCCUCUCAUCCUGAGAAUGGCAGGGGGACUUCAAUUUCACACAAAAUUAUCGAGCCGUCUAUACAAAAUCAAGAUAAAUGCGCUUCAAAUGACUAGAAGAAAAGCGGAGAAGAGUACGCUCGGCGCGCCAGCUUUUCGUAAGACUGAGUCGCAUGGUUGGAAGUGGUAG